CUCUCGUACUAUUCUCACAGUGACAGUUUGCUUGUCAUGUGCACCGGUUGAUUUGGAUGAUUUGAAAAAGUGUGCUUCGUGGUGUGCUAAGUAAAAACAGUGUGAUAAUCGUGUAGCAAUAAGCUGAGAACACUUUGAAAUCACUACUGAUAACGAUCGCUAUUAUUAUUUAAUUGUGUAAAUAAAUAUUAAAAAAUAUUGCAGUCAAUAUAAUUUCAAAUUCACCGACACGCAGAAAGUUAAAAUUUUGGUGGAUAAAGAAUUAUCGAGAAAAUAAUUUCAAUAAAAGUGUGCCUAAAAUAGCGGAGCGAGUAUAUUGAGAAUAAAUAGAAAUAAUAUAGCAACAACAAAGUAUAUAAUGUCAAAUUGUGAAAAUUUGCAACAUUGUUUCAGAAAGUCACUCGUACAUUAAUUAUCAGUCAGGAUCUGCAGCAAAAAAGCGAAAUAAUUGUGAUAAAGGCAAGAUUUGGCAUUGUGAAAUCAUAAAAGUGUUUGUUUUUCGGCAGUUUGGUUGUUAUUGUUGUAAUAGCAAUAUGGACCUGUUGUGCACUGAAAAUUUAAGGAAUGAUUAUGACUGUGACGUAUCGUAUGUGCCAACGCAAAUGCGUGCACAUAGCUAUACGCAAUCACAGCUACAGCAACACCUGGUCACACAACCACCGCCAUCAACAACAACAACAACAGAAAGCACACCGAUAUCAGAAACCGAACAACAGCCAACAAAGGAAUGCAUAUUAAAGGAGCCACAAACAAAAAUAAUGCCAGGCGCACCUUCACCAUAUUCCAGUUCCAGUUCGUCUUUGUUAUCACCGGGUUCAAGUUCACCAUCGUCCGGUUAUAAUUCGGCUACAAGUAACACAAGUUCACAUGCUAACCAACCGCACAUGCUACACAAUCGUCAGUAUCAACGGGAAGAAGAUACGCAAAAGCACCAUCAUCAAUAUCAGCAGCAACAGCAACAGCAAGAGACAAAACCACAUGAAUAUUAUGAUGAUCAGCAUAGUAAUAAUGCGGUGUUUCUGAAGUCGGUGCCAAGUCGUGAUUUAGGUUUUGUUAAUAACGCUACUGUGGAUCCGAUAUUUUUAACCGAUCGUUGUUUGGAGAAUGCACUAAAAGCAGAAGAAAAGCUACCACAACCAGUUUGCACAUAUUUCAAGACAGUGCAGAAGGACAUCACACCGCCUAUGCGCAAAAUAGUUGCUGAAUGGAUGAUGGAGGUCUGCGCCGAAGAAAAGUCCCAAGAGGAGGUUGUGCUCUUAGCGCUCAACUAUAUGGAUCGCUUCCUAUCCACAAAAUCCGUAACCAAGACACAUCUGCAAAUAUUGGCGGCCGCCUGCCUGUUAUUGGCAUCGAAAUUGCGCGAGCCCAGUUGUCGGGCGUUAUCGGCCGAACUGUUGGUAUUCUACACCGACAACAGUAUAUACAAAGGCGAUUUAAUUAAAUGGGAACUCUAUGUGCUCAGUCGACUCGGCUGGGAUUUGUCCUCUGUAACGCCUUUGGAUUUUCUUGAAUUGUUAUUAAUCCGCCUGCCUAUCAAGAGUAAAGAAUGUCCUGAUUUGAGUCUCGAUAAAGUCAGGCAACAUGCGCAGGCCUUCAUAUGCUUAGCAGCCAAAGAACAUUAUUUCUCUAUCUACUCGGCCAGUACCAUUGCCGCUGCGAGUAUCGCCGCCGCCUUAAGUGGUUUAAAUUGGCAUUUACGCACUGGACAAAAGUUGCGUCAUCUAUUGGAUUUGUUAACCGAUUUGACCAGCAUUGAACAGGAAUACCUGCACGAGUGUAUGCAGAAAAUGGAAGUCAUCUUCGAGGAGCACAGUCGUAACCUGCCGUCGUAUAUCAGCACGCCGGAACCCUAUCAUCAGCAGCAGCCUACGGAGCAGCCGCAACUGCAACAGCAGCAGCAACAACAUUAUCAAAAUCAACAAAAACAGCAACAACAUGUGCAUACAAUGUGAAUUGUAUACAAAAUCGUAAAUUUAAAUAAGUUUUUGGUUCAAUUUUACUAAAAACAACGCAAAAAAAAAAAUGAAAGAAGACAAACGAAAUUAGUAACGCAAACCGUGCGACUCCAAAAAAAAGUAAAACUAACUGUGAAACCAAGCAAUUUGAAUGUUGAAAAUAUUUAAUUUCUUUAUUUUAUUUUUUUUUUUUUGAAUUUAACGUUAUCAUCUCAGGAAUUUAUACAUACAUAUUUUUUGGAACGCCAAACUACUACUACUUUUUAGAAGUGCUACUACUUACUUGCGCAAAGUAAACGCACUCACAUAUAUAGAAUUCCAAAUUUUGCUUGUAAAAUGUGUGCUAGAAAUUUGUUAUAUGCAACUGCAUACGAGUUGGUUUCGAGUGUUGCCUACAUUUAGGCGCGUGGGCAUACUACAUUAGCAUGCAGCACUCUACAACGCUUACGGCGGCAGUGUAGGUCAUAAAAAAUACAGUUACAAACACUAUUUGUGCACUAUCUAAGCAGCAAGCAGUCAAUUGUUGCAGUUUAUAUAUACAGUUAUACACAUACAUAUGUACAUGUAUGUAUGUAAUUUUUUUUUAAUUUUUUCUAUUAGCAGAAAAGCAAAAACAAUGUAAAAUAUUACUUAUUUAUGCUAUUAUUACUAUUAUUAUUAUUAUAUAAUUAUACAUUAUAUGCAUAUACUGCCAACCUACCUAAAAAAAAUAGCACACACCCACACACACACAUAUAUAGAAAGAAAGUUAGAAAGAAAAAUCAAACUCUUGUCAGUUUAUUUACCUACAUUUAUACUUAGUUUUAUAAGUGAGUAUGUAAGUAAGUUAACCAAAAUUUUCAUAUGGAUUGAAUGAAUGAUAUAUAUAUAUAUAUACAUAUACAUAUAUAUAUGAAGUUAGCAUGUAAGCGAAAAUGUACUAAAUGAAUUAGUAUUGCGAAUGAACACAUACACAACACAAACACACACACACACACAAUAGCAUUAAAAUACAUGCGUAUUUUUCAGCAGCAAAUGAAUUGAAAAUUUUGGUUUAUUUUUCUUAUUUUUUUUUGUUUUUGUUUAAAAAAAAAGACUUCAAGUACAAAUAAAUAGUUAUACAAAAGAGAAAAAAAAAAAACAAAUCGCUAAAUAGAACCUGUUAGUUUCUCUUGAAUCAAACAACACUCCCAACAAUUUCGCCGUUCAGAGAAAUUGUUGUGGCACAAACCAUUAAAAUAGGCAAUAUAUGAAAGGCAUAUGUGUUCAAAGCUAAAAAAAAGAGUUUCAUACAACUAUUAUUAUUAGUUAGCUAGUUUUACAUUAUUACAUAUAUACAUAUAUAUUUACAGUAAUUAUAAGUCAGCUUAGUGCGUUAGCAAUGUUUCGCUUUGUACUAAACUUUUUAAACACUUUUUUUUUCUAUGAAUUAAUUAUUUUGUAUAAGCCACUUGAAUUUGUAAAAAGUAAAAAAAAAACGCCUCAAAGCGUAAGGAAACGAAAAUAAUAGACUGAUUAAAUACACACACACACACAAACAAUUUAAUAAUGGAGCAAUAUAUAAAUUUGUAAAUAGUUACAUGCACAUACCAUACAUACCUACACAGACAGUAGUUGGGAAAAAAAGAAAAAAAAAACAACUGUAAAUUAUAAAUAUUUAACAUUUAGUUAUGCAGGUACAUACAAGGCUUUAGUUAUAUACAUACAUACCACUUACAUAUAUACGAGUACAUAUAUUUAGUUAUAUGUUUAGCAGUUGACGCACAUAAACUUGUGGGAAAUAUACAUUUUAUGACGCUUCUUCCUUGAAAAACUACUUUUUCUUAUACUAAAAGAUUGUUAUUGUAGUCUUUACUUUGGCUGCAGGGAAAUUAAUUGCAAAGACAAUAUUCAAGCGGUUUAUUUAACGUAUUGAUGAGUUUUCUCGAAAGAGUUUCAUAAUUUCAAUUAUAUUAUUCAGUUUAAGUCCAUAUUAACGGUACUCUUCUUUCAAGUUUUAAUACUGUUUAGUAACUAAAUAUAGUCACCACUAAUUGGACUUUCGAAAUGUGUAAAUUUUUUGUUUAAAAUCAAAUUUUGAUUCGAAAUUGAGCUACUACUUGCUCAAAACGUAAUUAGUUUUUGGAAAUGAGGCAACUUUUUGUUCUGAAUUUAGUUGAAUAGUAGAAAUAGGAAAACAACUUGCUCAAAAUUUAUUUGAACUUUAGAAAUGUGGCAACUAUUUGCUCUAAAUCUAAUUGAAAAUUAGAAAUAUGACAACUCUUUGCUCAAAAUCUAAUUAAUUGUUAGAAAAAUAGCAACCUUGUGCUCAAAAAAUAAUUUUAUUUCGAAAAUAUGCCAACUGUUUGCUCAAAAUCUAAUUAAUUUUUAGAAAUAUGCCAACUUUGUGCUCAAAAACUAAUUUCAUUUUCGAAAUAUGGCAACUCUUUGCUAUAAAUCUAAUUGAAAAUUAGAAAUAUGACAACUCUUUGCUCAAAAUCUAAUUUAAUUUUCGAAAUAUGCCAACUGUUUGCUCAAAAUCUAAUUAAUUUUUAGAAAUAUGCCAACUGUUUGCUCAAAAACUAAUUUCAUUUUAGAAAUAUGGCAACUGUUUGCUCAAAAUCUAAUUAAUUGUUAUAAAUAUGGCAACCGUGUGCUCAAAAACUAAUUUUAUUUUCGAAAUAAGCCAACUUUGUGCUCAAAAUCUAAUUUCACUUUCGAAAUAAUACAACAUUUUGCUCAAAAACUAAUUUCAUUUUAGAAAUAUGGCAACCUUGUGUCUAAUUAAUGUUAGAAAUAUGGCAACUCUGUGCUCAAAAACUGAAAAUAUUUUCGAAAUAUGUCAACUGUUUGCUCAAAAUCUAAUUUUAUUUUCGAAAUAUGGCAACUCUGUGCUCAAAAUCUAGUUGGACUUUAGAAAUAUGCCAACUCUAUGCUCAAAAUCGAAUAGCAUUUUAGAAAUAUGGCAAGUGUUUGCUCAAAAACUAAAUUCUGUGCUCAAAAUUUGCCUGUUAUUUCAAAAAUAUUUACUAUAUCAUUUCCAAUGAAACUCUAACUUCGAAAAUUGUCUGCAUUUAUAUUAAAAUUUUCCUUCAACAGUCAAAGUCGUUACUUCAACUAUAUUCUACUAUGAAUAAUACUUAUGUGUAGCCUUACUACUAAAUAUGUUUGUAUGUAUUUUAGUACAUAUACUCAUAUACAUAUAAUCUUAAUACAAAAAACAAA